GUGUAUAUAAGCAGAUGUUGGUGUCUUGUUAAAGCACGAUUCAGUCUCUUCCAAGCAGAUCUACUUGCCUUGUUUUUUUGAGACGGUCAUCUUUCCGUAGUCUAAACAUCUUGACAAUGUACAAAUCUGUGCUCGCUGUUCUUCUCUUGGUCGCCAUGGCCAACGCCUACGGCUAUGGUGGAUUCGGUGGAUUCGGUGGAGGCUACGGUGGAGGCUACGGUGGAUUCGGUGGUCUCGGUGGAUUCGGCGGUCUUGGAGGAGGCUGGGGUGUGGGAGGAGGCUUUGGUGGCCUUGGAGGCUGGGGCGGUCUCGGUGGAUGGGGAGGUCACGGUGGAUAUGGAGGUUACGGCUACGGAAAACUUCUCAUCCCCAUUGGAGGCUACUACGGUGGUAAAGGAAACAACUAUUACUACUAGAGGUGACGAAGUUCUUUAGUCCGUGUAUUAUGUAAUAGAUGUCUCGUCCAAUUGUUAAAUGUCCUCGUAUUGUAUUGUAUAAAUAAAAAGAUCAGUAUACAAUUUU